UUGCGCUCUAUCAGGACUGAGCCUGAGGUUCCAGCGAUGCGACCUGUGGCUCCGCCCGCCAUCGUCUUCGCUCUCCGUGGUGUCUUGCCGUGCUACCCGUGGCCGCUUACGCCUCCGCGAGCUGAUUCGCUGGAGAGAACCUGGCUCCUGGAGUCUGGAAAAAAGGAGCACAAGAAGCAGCCGUCGGUCUCUGUUUUGGGGAUGAAGAGGAGUAACAUCAUCACCAUCGCCCUAAGCAGCCUGCCCCCUCCCCGCCUCCUCCCCCCUGCUAUCUACAGCAUGGACAGCAGUGUGCUGGACAAAGAGGACGUCCAGCGACUUCAGGCGCUUAUCCCAACAGAAGAGGAACUUUGUCUGAUCAAGGAGGCCAAGGCCCAGAAUCCCAAGUCUCCUCUUGCCCCGGCUGAGCUCUGCCUGCUUACUUUGGGGGAAAUAACACAUCUGGACUCUAGGCUACAGCUGUGGUCCUUCGCACUGGAGUACGACUCUUUGGAAAGGGAAAUUGCUGAACCUCUUUUCCACCUGAAGUUGGCCAUGGAGCAGCUCUCAGCCAGUCAAACCUUUAGAUGUAUUCUCGCCACAGUUUUAGCCAUUGGUAACUUUCUUAAUGGAUGCAAGGCCCGUGGUUUUGAGCUGAGUUACCUGGGAAAGCUGUCCCAGGUGAGGGAUACACACACUCGCCAGCCCCUGCUGCACCACGUCUGCGUGCUCCUGAUGCAGCUCUACCCGCAAUCAUCUGACCUCUACUCUGACAUCACUGCUGUUACUAAAGCUGGCAAGUACGACUACUCCCUCGUCCAGACCAAUUUCACUCAGCUUGAGGUGCUCUGCAAAGCAUCAUGGGACCAGCUCAAGAUUUUGGACAAGGUAGACGACAAGAGGAAAGGUGGAAAGCUGGAGAAGAGGAAAGAUGAGGCCUUGGCAGCGGACGGAAUGCUGCGGAACAGGCUGCCGAAGAUUUUGAAAGAGUGCGAGGAGAGGCUGAAGGUCUUGAGGGCCGUCCACCGGCGAGUUAUCAACAGGUUCCACUCCUUCCUCUUAUUCCUCGGCUACUCCCGCGCUAUGGUACGAGACACCAAAGCAGAGGACUUCUGUAAAACCAUCAGUAACUUCUCUUUAGAGUACAGGACGACACGGCAGUCCCUCCUCAUGCAGAGGGAGCGGGAACGACAGAGAAGUGGAGCAGAAAGUCCAGGCCCGAGCACUCCCACAUCCAGGAGGAAACAACAACAAAUGCCGACUGAGGAGAAUGAGGAGCAGUGUCGGCUCGAGGAGGUGCUGAGGACACCCGAGCCUGUCCCAAGACGUGACGCCACUUUGCCCCGAAACCGAAGGAGGACGGCUGAUAAUCAAGGACCUUUCUCCCUGAAACUGAAGUGGUGAACCUGCUGACUCUGCUUUCAAACCAAUUCAGUCACUGGUGUAACAAAGAGAAAAGCUUAUGAUUAUUUAUGACGUGUUUGUUGGAAGUCACCUUUUUUUUGUGGACGAGUGCAUGAUAUUUCACACGACAUUUAACUUAGAAUUAUGUUUGAAAUUAAAUUAAAGAUGAAUUAAAAACUGA